AUGCCUAUAAGAGGGCAAGUUCACUGCAAGGCGCUUCAAUCUUGGAAUAAAGAAUGCGAUGAUUUGAUCAUUCUUUCUGAAGAAAAUACUGGAGAAUGGAUUCAAAAUGCAAGGUCAUCUGCUCUGACUAACAGUGGUAAUUCUCAAACUGGAUCAUCCACGAAUCCUGAUGAAGACUCCUUGAAGUUUGACUACAAGCCUCCUGGGUCUACCGAUAGUAUAACAAUAACCAAUAACGACAUUGAGUGUCUUGCACCUGGAGCUCUUUUAAAUGAUGCUAUAAUUAACUUCUAUCUCAAAUAUUUAUAUUUUGAACAGCUUACAAAUUUCCAGAAACAAGCUACUUAUUUGUUCAAUGUAUUUUUCUACAGUCGGUUGGCAAGUGGUGGUAACUUAUCGACUGAUGUACGGGGUUCUACAGUUUCAACUAGCUUGCCAAAAAGUUCAGAAACCACAGAUGAAACAAUUCUUGCUCAGCAUGCCAAUGUUGCAAAAUGGACACGCCGAGUUGAUCUUUUCAGUAAAGAUUAUAUUAUCAUUCCGAUUAAUGAAUGUGCACAUUGGUUUCUUGGUCUUGUUUGCUAUCCAUGGAUGGCGGGAAUGGUCAGCUACACGGCUCUUUAUCGUGAAGAAGUUUAUCAUCUCUGCCAGUUAACGGAAAAGUUUACUGAUGUUGAUCGCAUACACUUUUCAGGAGACGAUUUAAAUUCAUUAGAUAUCGGUGAAGAAGUCAUCCAAAGGUCGUCUACCGACACUCCAGGUGAAGCAUUUGAUCGAUGGCGGCGAAGACGUUUAGCUUGGCUUCGUCAACGUGGUGUUAACGCAAUGCCGUGUGUUUUACUAUUCGAUUCGCUUCCCUGUCAAAGCCGAGUUGGCAAUUUGCAUGUCAUUAGGAAUUAUUUGCAAGCCGAAUGGAAUACCCGAAGAUCAGCUCAAGAUGGUGUUCUUCGCUUCGACAAGGAUACAAUUCGAGGUUUUAGUCCUCGAGUGCCUGUUCAGAGUAAUCUGGUGGAUUGUGGAAUUUACCUACUUCAUUAUGUGGAAAUGUUUUUCAAGAAACCUGUUCAAAGUUAUACGAAAGAUUACUUCCAACACGAAAUGGCUGGUUGGUUCCCAGAAGCCACUGUUAGUCAAAAGCGCGCUCAAAUCCAUGAUCUUUUGGUCAACCUACGAGAGCGUACAUUGAGGGAGAAGGCUACAAACCGAUUCUAACCCGAAUCGCUAUAGCACUAUAUUUUUCAUUUCGCAAAAUUUUAUUCUUCAAGUCAAUCUAACCACUCUAUCUUCUUGUAUAUAAAUAUACUUUUAUCGUUCCUCUUGCAUUUCGAUUGUCUUUUUCUACAGUGUGAUUGGUCCGUAAACUAAUAUUAAACUGUCAGUGAUAUGUUUUGUAUUGCAAAUCUUUCAUUUCUACUUAUUUUAAGACACUAGACUAUUAUCUUCAAAUGAAUCUUGUAAUUCAUUUGUUAGAGUUAACUAUGCAUGCACUACUGUGUAAUUUUCUAGUUCCACUAUCUGUAGUACAUCACUGGCAUCAGCCAUAACGAUAACUGUAAAGCUUACUAUUUUCAUAAAGGCACAAAACUACUAAAAAGUGUUUGUGCAUGUUUAUGUACUUUUCGAUUUCUCAACUGUAUUGCAU